AUGAGGUCGGAGAAAUCCCUGACGCUGGCGGCGCCGGGGGAGGUCCGUGGGCCAGAGGGGGAGCAACAGGAUGCGGGAGAUUUCCCGGAGGCCGGCGGGGGCGGGGGCUGCUGUAGUAGCGAGCGCCUGGUGAUCAAUAUCUCCGGGCUGCGCUUCGAGACGCAACUGCGCACCCUGUCGCUGUUUCCCGACACGCUGCUGGGAGACCCCGGUCGCAGAGUCCGCUUCUUCGACCCCCUGAGGAACGAGUACUUCUUCGACCGCAACCGGCCCAGCUUCGACGCCAUCCUCUACUACUACCAGUCUGGGGGCCGCCUGCGGAGGCCGGUCAACGUGCCCCUGGACAUCUUCCUAGAGGAGAUCCGCUUCUACCAGCUGGGGGAUGAGGCCCUGGCGGCCUUCCGGGAGGACGAGGGCUGCCUGCCCGAGGGUGGCGAGGACGAGAAGCCACUGCCCUCCCAGCCCUUUCAGCGCCAGGUCUGGCUUCUCUUCGAGUACCCUGAGAGCUCAGGCCCCGCCAGGGGCAUCGCCAUCGUCUCCGUGUUGGUCAUUCUUAUCUCCAUCGUCAUCUUUUGCUUGGAGACCUUGCCCCAGUUCCGUGCAGAUGGUCGAGGUGGAAGCAAUGGUGUGAGCAGAGACUCCCCAAUUUCCAGGGGUAGUCAAGAGGAAGACGAGGAUGAAGAUGAUUCCUAUACCUUUCAUCCUGGCAUACCCCCAGGGGGCAUGGUGGCAGGGGGCUCCUCCUCACUAAGUACUCUUGGGGGCUCCUUCUUUACUGACCCGUUCUUUCUGGUGGAGACCCUGUGUAUAGUCUGGUUCACUUUUGAGCUCCUGGUUCGCUUUUCUGCCUGUCCCAGCAAGCCAGCCUUCUUCCGCAACAUCAUGAACAUCAUUGACUUGGUGGCCAUCUUCCCCUACUUCAUCACCCUGGGCACUGAGCUGGUGCAGCAGCAAGAGCAGCAGUCAGCCAGUGGAGGGGGCGGCCAGAAUGGGCAGCAGGCCAUGUCCCUGGCCAUCCUCAGAGUGAUCCGCCUGGUCCGGGUGUUCCGCAUCUUCAAGCUGUCCCGCCACUCCAAGGGGCUGCAGAUCCUGGGCAAGACCUUGCAGGCCUCCAUGCGGGAGCUGGGGCUGCUCAUCUUCUUCCUCUUCAUCGGAGUCAUCCUCUUCUCCAGUGCCGUCUACUUCGCAGAGGCUGAUGAUGAUGAUUCACUCUUUCCCAGCAUCCCAGAUGCCUUCUGGUGGGCAGUGGUUACAAUGACCACGGUAGGUUAUGGAGACAUGUACCCCAUGACGGUGGGGGGCAAGAUCGUGGGCUCGCUGUGUGCCAUCGCUGGGGUCCUCACCAUCGCCCUGCCUGUGCCCGUCAUUGUCUCCAACUUCAACUACUUCUACCACAGGGAGACAGAGCAGGAGGAGCAAGGCCAGUAUACCCAUGUCACUUGUGGGCAGCCUACACCAGACCUGAAGGCAGCCGACAGUGGACUUGGCAAGCCUGAAUUCUCCGAGACCACUCGGGAACGGAGACCCAGUUACCUUCCCCCUCCACAUCGGGCAUAUGCAGAGAAAAGGAUGCUCACUGAGGUCUGACUGAUGCAGUC